CCCCAGGGGCAGAGCAAUAGCCAGAGGGAAGGCCCAGCCCUGGAUGAAGGCAGGGGCCCCGGGAUGGCUGCAGGGCCCACCGGCUCCCCGUAGCUGCAGUGAGAGGCUCCGUCGGGCUCAGCAGCGGCAGGUCACCUACCCCUCCCCGCUGUCACCCGGGCCCCUCUAGGGUCCCCACCAACUGACGGUGUCUCCCCACAGCAAUGGCGCCUCAACCAACGAGCUGGCCCCGGCCCCUGACCUCUGACUCUCCCUCCACGGGGCGGGACCCCCACUGGGUCCGCGCACCAACCGCAAGGUGUCCUGCCGGGUCCGGAGCCCUUACCGGGUCCCCUGCCAGGUCCGGAGCGCCUGAGGCCCGCACUGCAAGCCACCGGGGUUACCAGGCCCCGAGGAAGGGGCGGGCGCUGCAGGCUGCGCACUUCCGCUUCCGGUUCCCAGCGCAGACUCCGGCCCCCGCUCCGCUGGCGAGCGACGAGGUUGUGGCGUCGGCUGGUUCCAGGCGAUUCGAGGAUGAUCGAGGUGGUUUGCAACGACCGUCUGGGGAAGAAGGUCCGCGUGAAGUGCAACACCGAUGACACCAUCGGGGACCUGAAGAAGCUGAUCGCCGCCCAGACGGGGACCCGUUGGAACAAGAUCGUGCUGAAGAAGUGGUGUCUGUCCCGCAGGUACACGAUCUUAAAGGACCACGUUUCUCUGGGCGACUAUGAAAUCCAUGAUGGGAUGAACCUGGAGCUUUAUUACCAAUAAAGCCGAACUCCUUCCUUGUGCCCGGUCCCCCCGCCCCUCUCCUCCCGCUCUCAGCCCCAGCCCUGGUAUGGAUGCUUGUUUUUAAAAAGUCAUGUUAAUAAAAACGUAGAACAGCU